UUGAGUCAACUGUAAACAACCACAAUCCCCAAGGCUCCGCGAAGUUGACAUACCCACGUAGUAAUCAAACGAUUAUCAAUACAACGGUGAUGGGGUCCCUCCGAUUGAUUCAAGGAAACCACAUGUUAGGUAUCCUUCUUGGGCCUUGGCUAUCUAAAAUUGGCUGAUCUUGUCUCCUUUUCCUCCUCCCAAAUCAUAUAUUUUAUUGAGAUUUUCAAUUUGGCGCCCUCAUAAAACCCCUCGAAUUCUUCUGUAGAAACCCAACCUGUAAGUUGAAUUUCUUGAUUGCAAUUUGAUUCUGUAUUGGUAUAAUAUGAUCAUAAGUCUCCAAUUUGAAAAACAUACAAAUACUAGCUAGCUACAUGUGUUUUAGUUUUAACUGUGUAUUUUGAUGGUUUUGUGGGAUAAUUUUCAAGAUUUCACACUUUGCGUGUUGUUUUAUUCUGAUGAUUCGAAUGUGUUUGUAUGCUAAAAGGGUAAAUGAGAUGGUUUUCUUUAGCUUUAUUUGGGGAUUUAUAUUGAUAGGUGGUAAGAAUUUCCCUAAUUUGUGUUUGGCCAGAAAUAGCAAUUUGUUAAUUGGCUAGGGUUUUUGCCUUAAAAGUUAAUUCAAUAAAUUAAUUCUUGACUUAUUUGCUAUUUUUAGUGUUACCCUUUUGUUGAUUGAGUGAAAUUUACAAUAUUUUCCAUAUGGGUGUUAAAAAGCAUCAAUCUUUUCUACACAUUCUGUUAUAUCUUGUUUGCUGUCAAAUUUCGAAGGAUCAUGUAUCAAAAACCCAAGUUGUAAUUGAAUUAGUUCUCAUGAGUAUGAUCAUAUGAUUUUUUUCUGUUUAUUUGAUUAUGAUAACUAGUUAAAACACUAUUAAUGGUUUUCAAAUUGGAUUUUUACUUGGAGGCAAGGCUAGAUCAUACAGGAAGAAGAUCGUAGUCAUAUCUCGUUAUUGGCGCUGUGAGAUUUGCAAAUGGAGGGAAAAGAAAACAUCUCUCAGUACCGAGAUAAGCUUGACAAAACGCUCAUGUCUCCUGAUCUUUCUAACGUGGAAUCUCUCAAGAUUCUUGUUGGAAAUCAAAUGUCCAAGUCAUUACAAUGCGAAGAUCAAGAAUAUAGCGAUAAGUUAGUUCAGAAAAGAACAAAGGAAGUGGCCAAUUUUCUUAGCAUGCUUAGAAGUGCUUCUGGGAGUGCCGUUGAAGGGUCAAAAGUGAACGAAAUACCACAAGGUGGCUGGAAAAUAAAACACGAUAAUCAAGACUGUCGUGUUAUGUAUAGGGAGGGACCAGCAGGCACUCCCUUCCAUACAUUACUUGCCGAAGGCUACGUAGAUGGGCCUCUUGACGUUUGCUUGUGCAUAUCAUGGGAGGCAGGCCUUUACCAAAAAUGGUGGCCUCAGUUUAAUAUCCCGGCGUUUAAGGUUUUAUAUUCGGAAUGCGUGAAGAAGGUCAGAAUGGGCGAACAAAUAUCUUUAGUGAGGAUGAAGCUUUCAUGGCCAUUAUCAACAAGAGAGGCGCUAGUUCAUUAUGUUACGCUUGAGUACUUUCAAGAUGAUCUCAUUAUAGUGCUUUUGAACACGAUUUCUGAGUCAGAGAACAUCGAUAAAACCACUCACGGGUUCACCAGAGAAGGUAUACCUGAUGUAGAAAAUGUGACGAGGAUAGAUGUAGUGGGAGGCCUUGCUUUACAGAAAGUGAGCGCUAACAGAAGCUACUUCCGGACGAUUGUAAACAUGGAUAUAAAACUGGAUUUUGUUCCUCCAGCGAUUAUCAACUUCGUUUCCCGGCAACUUGUAGGUAGCGGCUUCAAGCUCUAUAAAAAGGAAGUCGCUUCUGUGUCUAAAGGCGAUGCAGAUUUCAGCAAGGCCUUAAAGGAGCCAUUUUAUGGUCGAAUUCGUGAGGCACUCUUCACAGAUGAUGAAGUACCAAAUGGGUUUUUGAAACAAGACGACGUCAAGAUUGUUCAUGAUGCUGGUUUGGAACAAAAGGACAUCAAGAUUGUUGACGGAGCUUUAGAACAAGAAACUGCCAAGAUUGUUCAACCCAAAGAGCCUUGUAGUUUAGAGGGCAAAGAAGCGAAAUAUCAGAGGUCAGUUGGUGAAAUCGAGGAGAUUGAAGAAACUAGGUCACAUGAGGAUGAUAAUAGCAACGAGCAUCCAACCAAUAAGUUUAUAAACGAUUGUCGUGUUAUUGUUGGUAAGAAGCAAGUAAUUGUAAGUCCUGAGGUGAAGCAAGCUUUAGGAACACUGGAGAAGGUCAUUUCUGUCUUUAGGGAACUUGAAUUCAAUCCUCGAUCCUUGUCUCUGUCUCGCUUCACUAAUAAUGUGUUUGCUGAGCUUGAAGACCAUAAAACAAAUGGUUCUAAGCGUUUUGUAGCAGCAAGUAACGAAUUCACGGCGAGGACCUCACAAGAAUCAAGAAACAGUUUUUCCGGUCAUAGCUCCAGGCAGGAAGGGUGUGCAACAGAAACACAAGAUGAUGAAGAUGAGCUCAAGAUAGCAUCACAAGAACACGAGACCUUGAGUUCACGUGGAAGUCACCGGAGUUCUUUCUCUUUCGCUAUAAAUGAGGCCAUAACAUUAACACAAAACAACACCAUGAAUGGAGAGGUGAAGAACAGUGAUGAAAGCCAGAAAAAGAUGAAGAAACAGAGAUUUUGCUGCCUAAACUUCACUUCUGGAAGGGGAUUCAGUUGACAGAAGAUUCUUAUUUAACCUAUACGUCUAGACAUUCAUUCAUACAGGAUGCAUAUAUUACAGGUGGAGUUGCCGAUUUGACUGUUAAUACGUUCUACAAAUAAAUCUGUGUAAAUUUGUUCUAAACUUUUCCCUACACCUUGUUGCGGGCUCUUUUUUCUAAUAAAGUAAUGACCAAGAGUAUUAUAUGUUAAUUUUUAGUUUGA